AUGCCAAUUAAGCUGCCAAAGGGCUUUCAAAGAAGAAAAUCUUCGGGCAAUGCCUUGGAUGAGGUGCAAAAUCCUCCUAUAUCGUCAUUCAAGGUCUUAAGCAGAACUCCAAGUGAAGGAAAAUCAUUCGAUGGCGGCGUGUCCUUGAAGAUGGCUGGGCCCAUGGCCCCGAAACCGUCAACGAAAGACCGACGUGAUCGUGAAGCAGGGGAUGUAUUCACCACUAGACGACUUGAUGCAGGCAAUCGAGGUAGUGCCGGUACCGAACGCUCUCUUUCCACAGCGCCAAACGACAGUGCUGCAUCUUCCGCUCGUAUAAGCACUUCCUCGACCAAUCCUUCGUCUAUUGAUACGCGAUCAGAACAUAAUAUACAAAAUUCCAUUUUCCGACCCCCGAACGACGUUCCUGUUCAAGCUCCGCCGCCCGCGAGAUCCGGGUACCUGCGCAGUCCGCCUCAAGCCCUAUCCUUCGGUACGAGCAAGGGUGAUCAGUCGACACCAACCUCCCCUCAGGGGGAGCUGCCUCCGCAACCCGGAAGUCACAGGAACAGAACGAGAACCGCGACAGCUAGCACUGCGAGCACCGCUACGCCGCCGAGGUUAUUUGACUCGGACCUGGUUCUCGAAAACUCCGAGUUGGAUGGCUUCGGCAACAUGUUUGACCAUAUUGGGUCUAGUCCUGACCCAGCCCCUGUCCGGCUUAUACGACAAGAGGAUUUCCCGUCAUCUCCGACAAGCUAUCCUGCUAUGAGCUUUCCAGGCGUAUCUUCGACAUACCCGAAAAGAGCGUCAGCGCCGAGGCCAAUACACAUCGAUCGUACCCAAGUCGUCGAGUCGUCUCCCUACUCAUGGACCUCUCAAGAUGGCUUAAUUCAGUCACUCGGCCCAUCCAGAACUAUUGCACACGGCAGUCCGGGGAAGUCUGCUGGGCUCGAAAGAAAAACUAGCAACGCCUCGCCGAACGCGCGAUAUCCAACUAAGCGCCCUGUAGGACAGAGAUUACCAACUCAAGACCGGUUCGAACAAACCGCAGGACCCUCACUCCAACCCAAUCCUGCUGGCACCAAAUCACUUUCCGCCACUCCACCCAAAACUCCGGCAGAGAGUAUGGAGGGGAGUCUGUCACCGAGGUCGACGCACAGCACAACCUUUGACCCGUCUAUAAUGGCUGACGCUGAAGUGGCCAAUAUGUAUCAAGAGACAAAGGUCGAGCCUCCGAAGCCGAUCAUUAAGAAUAAGGUCAUGACUCCGGCUCAAUGGGAGAGGUACAAACAACAGAAAGAGAUGGACCGCCGGUUAGGUGCUCUGUCCGAUGAUAGUGGUUCAGACCGGAGCGAUGAAUAUGAUGAUGAGGACGAGCUGGAAAGAGAUCGACAAGCUACAAAGCAGAGGCGGAAACAGGAGGCGCACUUGGCUGUGUAUCGACAGCAGAUGAUGAAGGUCACCGGCGAAAAGUCACCGUCCCGACCAGCAAGCAGCUUAAGCGUACUACAGCCACGAAAUUCAAGUUCCAAUGAAUUGGACAACCGCCUUUCGGACCUCAGUAUAGGCUCCAAACAGUCUGGCAGGAACAGUGCAGAGGACGACGAAGAAGAUGAAGAUAUCCCUCUCGGUAUACUGGCAGCACAUGGGUUUCCCAACAAGAACCGGCCGCCCACACGACUGGAAACCUCACCUUCUAACUCCAACAUUCGAGCCGUUAGCCAGGCGCAAGCCGCACCGUCUGUGAUCGGCCAGGCUUCGAAGGGUGGUAAUCUCCCGCCGUUUGCUCGCAAUCUCCCACAGGAUCCUUACUAUGGAGCCAGCCUCGUCAAUCCGUCAAAUCGUGAAUCUUUGGCGAUCCAUGGCAGUCCUCCCUCAUUAGGAGCGCGAGCUUCAACGGCGCACCCGCUUCAUCCAGCUGGGCUGGUUGGUGUCAUUGCUGGUGAAGAGAGAGCUCGUGCUGCCAGGAGAGGUAGCCCAAAUGCUUCUGGAAAUUACGAGAUGGCUUCCCAUCCGGCAAUGGUUCGCUCACAAACAACAGGUACAUUCGCACCCACGGGGUACCCUGCCAUGGGCUUGCCGGGAAUGCCCUCAAUGCUGACUCCUGGUGAUCAAGCUCAGAUCCAGGUGUCACAGCAAAUGGCACAAAUGAUGCAUAUGCAAAUGCAGUGGAUGCAGCAGAUGCAGCAAAUGAUGAGUGGCCAAACGAAUGCGACUUCGCCUAUGGCCCCCCAGCAUGGGAUGCAGAGGCCGUAUUCCAUGCAUAUGCAGGAUCCACCCACUCAACAGGCUGGUCAGAGGACCAUGAGCGCCCUCAACCCCAGCUUGGCUCCAUGGAACACAAAUCAAUCCUUCGUGCCCUCCAUAAAUGUCAAUGGGCAAUACGCGCCUUCGAUAGCGCCGUCGGAACGUAGCAAUGUCGGCCUAGCCUCUAGGUACAGGCCUGUCUCGAUUGCUCCGGAGCCAGACAUUAAUGCCACCCGCCGAGCUUCGACCUUCACAUCUUCUACUACUCGGCCGUGGGCUCAGUUGAACAUUGGUGCUGAAGCCUCGACACACACUGGGAAGCCCUCUGCCAAUCUUCAACAUCGCAAAUCAACCUAUACCAAUCAGGACGACGAAGACGAUGAGCGAGGGUGGGCUGAGAUGAAGAUGAUGAAAGACAAGAAGCAGAAGAGUCGGGCUUUACGUAAGGGUGACAAUGCUUUGCAGGAAUUGUACAACAAUGCGUCGGCCUAA